ACUGUCUCCGGCUUCUCUUUUAAACAAAAAACAAAAACAAAAUAAAUAAAAAAACACACCCAAAACAAAUAAUCAACUUAUUUACUGGGCCAUGGCAAUGGCCAUGGCAGCUGCUACCGUCGUUGGUCCUUCUCCAUUUCUUCUGGGUCACAUCCAUUUCAACCUUCUUUCUGGAGGCUCUUCGUGUAGAAAAGAUUUUCAUAUUCCCAAUCACAAAUGUAGAAUAAAGGCACUCUUUUGGGAAUCUAAGAAGGCCGUCGAACCUCCCGAAAUGUAUUCGUCGUUAGACAACUUCACAUUAACUAAUAUUAAUGCCAAGGAAGAUUCAGCAGACACCGAGAGAAUAGCUAAAGUAGUGUCGGUUUCUGUAGUUUCAUCGAUUUUGGAAGUUCCAUCUAGUGAAUGGGAUGCGUGCAGUCUCGAUGCUACUGGUCCAGAACAGUUUAAUCCUUUUCUUUCUCAUGGGUUUCUUUCGAGCUUAGAGGAGUCUCGUUCUGCAGUAAAGGAAACAGGAUGGCUUCCAAGGCACAUUGUUGCACAUGACGAAGAUAAAACUGUCCUAGGCGUGAUCCCACUUUAUCUUAAAAGUCAUUCAUAUGGAGAAUAUGUUUUUGACCAUUCAUGGGCUGAUGCCUACUACCGUUAUGGUUCAAGGUAUUAUCCAAAGUUGCAAUGCUGUGUACCUUUUACUCCAGUACCUGGCCCAAGGAUCUUAGUGCGCAAUACUUCAUACAAAGAUCAAGUCUUUGACAUUUUAGUAUCUGCUAUGAAGGAUUUAGCCAUUAAGUUUCAGGUUUCAUCAUUGCACAUAACAUUUUCCUCUGAACAUGAAUGGAAUGCACUGAAAGACAAAGGAUUUCUGCAGAGGACUGGCAUGCAGUAUCACUGGAAAAACCGCAACUACAAAAAUUUUGAUGAUUUCUUGAUGGACAUGAAGCAGAGUAAAAGAAAAAAUAUUCGACAAGAGCGCAAAAAGAUAUCUGCUCAAAAUCUGACAAUGAAACGGCUGCGAGGUUAUGAAAUAAAGGCCAAGCACUGGGAUACAUUUUAUACAUUUUACAGGAACACUACAGACAACAAGUGGGGUACUGCUUAUCUAACAAGAGAGUUUUUUCAUAUCAUGGGGUCAAAGAUGGGGGAUAACGUAAUGUUAAUUGCUGCCGAGGAAGCGGAUGAACUGGUAGCCGGAGCUCUUAACCUUAUUGGUGGAGAUACAAUAUAUGGGCGGCUGUGGGGAUGUUUACCACGAGUAUAUUAUCCAAGUUUGCAUUUUGAAGCAUGCUAUUACCAGGCAAUAGAAGCUGCUAUUGAGCUGAAUCUUGAGAAAGUAGAGGCAGGAGCUCAAGGCGAACACAAAAUUCAGCGGGGCUAUCUGCCUGUUACGACUUACAGUUGCCAUUAUUUACUAGAUGAAGGUUUUAGGCAAGUCAUUGGCAACUUCUUGUCCCGAGAAACAGACCAGGUCAAACUUGUGACAGAACUCAUCAAGGAUUCUGGUCCUUUCAAAGACGGGAUACUGUAAGGUAUGAAACAUAAACGUAUUAGGAGAUUAUUAAUGGUGGGAUGGACUUGUUGAUCCAGAAAUAGGACAAAUAGCAGAAAUUUAAAGGUCAAAUAGUUAAAUGGACUUCAUUCCUGGUACAGCUGCAAUAAUGUAUAUAGUUCCUUAUGGUGCUGCAUUUGUACAUAGCCAAUGAAGUGUAUAGUAUUGGAGGUAAUGGUGUGAACUUACUUGAGAUUUGCACAUUAUUAUCGCUACCUUAAAUAUUGUAACACGUCAUUUUCUGAUAAUAAUUUUUAGUCUAAAUUUACUCA